CCCGCUCUUUUCUUUAUCACGGCUCAUGGCGGGGGGCGAGGAGAACGGCCGAGAGGGCAGCUGCGAGGAGCGUCUUACCCCUUCUCGUGAGCCGCCGGAGCAGCUCGCUCAGGGGCGCCCCGAGGAGCAGCCCCAGCUCAGCCCGCCUGGCCAGGAGGACCACGAGGAGGAGGAGGGCGAAGGGGAAGAGGAGUCACAGCGCUCAGAGGAUCGGUUUGAGGGAGUUUUGGAUGAAGACACUGCAGCUGAGGGGCUCCACAGACUGGGCUGCUCAGCCCCUGGCCUUGAAUACGUUUAUCUCGAUCUAUUCCUCUCAGGUCGUGAGUUAAGGGACGUCCAAAUCCUCUGUGGAUUUGUCCACCUGCAGAAACUGGACCUUUCCUACAAUAAAAUUAAUGAUCUUUCUUGUGUCAGUCACAUGCCUUAUUUGCUAGAGCUGGACGCUUCCCACAAUGAACUGACUGAGUGUUUCGGGUUCAAACCACCAAAAAACCUCAAGGAAGCGGAUUUUUCGUACAAUCAAAUCUCUAAAAUGCAAGAUUUGUCAGCAUACCAGUGCCUUACUAAACUCUUCCUGGAUUUUAAUAAUAUCAGGGAAAUCAAAGGACUGGAGAAGUGUCACAGCCUGACCCACCUGAGUUUGUCCCACAACAGCCUCAGGGCCAUCAGCGGCCUGGAGAACCUGCCCCUCAGGAUCCUCAAUUUGGGCUUCAACCAGAUUGAGAAGGCGACUGGGCUGGAGAGCUUGAAAACUCUACAGAAGCUGGACCUGUCCAGCAAUAAAAUAACCAGUUUACAAGGCUUGCAGGGACAUGAUCUGCUGGAGACCGUCAACCUGGAGGAUAACCAGGUUGCUGAGCUGCCUGAGCUCAAGUGGAUUGAAGAUCUGCCCCUCCUCCGAGUUCUCAACCUUUUAAAAAACCCUCUGCAGGAACAAGCAGAUUAUUGGCUCUCGGCGAUUUUCGCGGUGCUCCAAGUCACGGAGCUGGACCUCAAGAAGGUUGCAGUGAAAGAAAAGGUUGCUGCUGUGAAUAAAUAUGAUCCUCCUCCCGAAGUUGUUGCUGCAGAUGAUCACAGGUCUCUGGUGCUAUACCACAUGAUGCAGCCCCAGAAAAUCCUGCACAGCACUUUGCCUGGCCUGGACUCUUCCUACCCCAUGCUGGUGUUGGUGGGCCCCGUGUCCUGUGGGAAGAGGGAACUCACUCAUAAGAUCUGCAGGCAGUUCAACAAUUUCUUCAGAUUCGGUCCCUGUCACACCACCAGGAGACCUUAUUUUGGGGAAGAAAACAGGCUGGAUUAUUAUUUCAUCUCUCAAGAAGCAUUUAAGGAAAUGGUGGAAUCAGGGAGGUUUCUAACAACCUAUAAAUACAGUGACCACCACUAUGGAUUGGGAAGAGACACUUUGGAAUCCAUUGCCAGGGAGGGGCUCGGGACCUGCGUUCACUUGGAAAUCGAGGGUGUGAGGAGCUUGAAGUGCACCUACUUUAAACCCAGGUAUGUCCUGGUGGUGCCCACGGACAAGGAGAAAUACGAGACACAUCUGAGGAGGACAGGAUUGUUCAGCAGGCCAGAGAUUGCAGAGGCAGUUUCCAGAGUGGACAUGUACCUCCAAAUCAGCCAGGAUUCCCCAGGGUACUUUGAUGCAGUCAUCAACACGGACGACCUGAAUGAGGCAUUCACGGAGCUGAGUCUCCUCAUGAAGAUGUUCCUGAACUUGGAGCUCCCUGCAGCCUUUGAUGACAUCCAGGACACCAGAAGCAGAGCAGGCUCAAGAACUCAGCUCUUGUCCCCAGGUGGAGUGAUUCGUUCUCCAUCUGUCAGUGACCUCUUGGACUCUCCUACCAAAAAAUAUCCCAGAGCCUUCUUGGACCUGGAGGCUGCACCUCCAGGCUCUGUGGAAGAAGCUUCUCUCCGAAGACGUUUUUCCACGGCACGUCAGGCCCUGUCCUGGAAAGCACCUCCUGCCCCUCUCCAGCUGCUUCCCAGGUAACCCAGAGGGAUCUCAGCCAAAUUCCUUGGAAUUACAGGGAAAAAGAGCCUGUCUAAGGUUACUUCUCCUCUGAAUGAUUAGAAACUGUCUGGGAUUGCAGCUCUAUUCCCUGCCACUUUUAAAUCCCAAAUAAAUCACGGACCAACUUGGCUUUUGACUUGGGAGCACACUGGGAACGGAGGAGGCAGAGCCAGCCACGAGUAACUUGUCU